AUGGAUAAUUCGAGAGAUCCGCGCUGCGUCUAUAUUGCUUAGACCGCAGCCACUUUAUUCGGCGCGCCCCAGUUGGCCGCUCAGAUUGCUAAUGCACCAGAAGUUUCAUCAUUCUUGAACGAACAGAAUAUGAAGGUACUGCAGAUCCUAACAGAUGGACAGUAGUUCAAAUGUCUAGCUAACUCAGUCGCUAACCCUCCCGAUCGCACUUUGGAAUGCCACUUCAUGAAGGUCGGUGAACAAGAAAUUCAAGCUGAUAAGAUCCAACACUAACUGAUGGUGUCCUCAAUCAGAGGCAGCUCAAUUCAGUCACUGUACAACUACAUCAACAAGGUCUAUGCGCCCAUUCUCUUUGGAGAAGGCAAUGAUGACUCAAACAAACUUAAUACCUAGCUAAGAGACUUACUGUUUUCAUUCAAGGCAGGUCUGCAGAGAACUCUGAGAAAAGGGGGCUAAAACCUUACUCACACCGAAUACAACGAAGAGGAUGUGAGGGGAAUCCUAACACCGAUUGAUGAAAUAGAAGUUUGGCAGGAAAAUGAGAGAGAAAACUACGGCAGUUAGCAAAAUGAAAAUUUGAGAAAGCGCUCAGAGCUCAUUAACCAGCACUACUCUAAGGUCUCUAAGCAAUUCCAAGAUAUGGACUAGAUGGAGCUGGGAGCGAUUACAGCCUUUGUAAACCAGAUCUAGGACACUUUAGACCAAAUUUGGCAAGACCCCAAGAUCUACCCAGUUUACUCUCAGACUAGAAUGGAAAAGAUGUUCUAGGUGAUUGGCAAGUAACUAGGUAGCAGAAUUGAGUUAGAGUUCUAGAAGAACGAUGUGUGGCAGACUUCUUUUUCAGAUGUCAGAGUCAAACUUAACGAGUGCAUGAGAAUUUGCAAGAACUAUAAGGACAGAGUGACUGAGUUGACUAGAGAGUUCUGGAAAGGCAGUGGAAUGCAGCAUCAAUGGAAGGGCAAGGUUUAUUCAGACAUGUACCUCGAAAACAUGAUUUUAAGAAUCAGUGAGAUAUUUGAACUCAGAUCUCAACACGAUGAACUCAUCAGACUGCUCACUCCAGAAGAGCAGAAGAGACUUAAUGUAGACCAGACAUUCAACUCAUUCAGAAAGAUCAAUUCAUUCUACACUAAUGAGUACCAAGCUCAGACUUGGACAAAAGCUAAGAAUGAAUAUGAAAAAAUCCUUGAGCCAAUGGAGAAAGAGAUUUGCAGUAAACUAAGAAAAGAAAUCUUCAACGAAAAGCACACUCCAUCCUAACUUCUUAGGGAAUUCCAAAGAUGGAAAGGUCUACUCAGUAAAGACUCAAUUAAGAAAGAACUUCAAAAUGAGAGAGAAAGUUUGUUGGUCCAACUCAGCUAGGAAGUUAAGAAAAUCAAGGAAGACUUUGAAGCAAGAACUGGCUAGAGUCUGGAGCAGAUCCCAGGCAUGGAUAGACCACCAUAAACAAAUAAUGUCUCAGACGUUGUCUCCUCUAUCGUUUGGUCAAGAUAGCUAUCAUCUAAGAUUCAGUCAAACUAGAAAGUAGCUCAGAGCUUAUUUAGUGACUUAGCUUCAAUCUCAAAAUUUGACUCAGAAUGCAAGGACAUUUGCUCUUCAAUCAAGGACUUUGAGGAUGGACUCUUCAACAAGUGGCAACAAGGAAUCCUGAAGUCUAUGUAGAGCAAGGAUGAGAAGCACAAGUAUCAAAUGACUGGUCAGCUUAUGGAGUUUGACUACAAAGCUGGAGGUUUGCUCAAGGUUAACUAUAGUGAUAAGCUUGUAACCCUAGUCAAGGACGCUAGAAUGCUUGGAGAGCUAGGAUUCAAAAUCUCUAAAGAAAUCAUCUAAGUAACUGAAAACGCAAAGAAGUACUACAAGGAAGGAGUUACACUUAAGUAAGUUGCCAACUUCUACAAUUCGAUGGGUACCCAAAUGAUUGAAUGCCAAAAACCUAUGAUGCUUGAUAAAGCCCAAGCUUUUGAAUACAUCAUUAAGAAUCCUAAAGGCAAAAGAGGAGAUGAUGGUAAAAGUGUAACAUGGGGAGAUCCAGUUGAAAUUGAAGUUUACAUCAAGUAAGUCUAGAUUAAGGCUACCGAGCUGAUAUCAGAGAAUAGAAGACUUAGAACAGUCCAUGUAAAUAUUGUUGACAUGAUAAUUGAACUCAUGAACAUUGACCUAUUGAAAAAUAAGAAUCUUUGGAAGGAAAAUCUCAACAAGAUCAGAAAGAUCAUUGAAUCUGUGACCAAGCAAAGAGCACCUGAGCUCUGUAAACUCUGGCUUACUCACUUAAACUAUCAGCUAUUCAAGGCACUCGAGCAUUAAUAUCAAAUGGGUCUUGAGUCACUGAAUGAAUCAUUACCAGAAAUUCAAUGUGAUUUAGUCUUCAGAAAUUAGACCUUAGAAUUUAGACCAACCUAUGAAGAGCUUAAACAGAGAUAUUACAAAGAAAUCUCAAAUUUUAUCACAACCCCACUAAGAUUUUAAGGCUUUGCUGGCGGUAAAACUGAUAUCUUCAAGAUUCUGCCAGAUAGAAAUGCCAAGCAUUUAAACACAGUCUAUCUAAAAGCUGAGGAAUUGUUCCAAAAACUCAGUGAAGUUUCAAGAUAAUAUGUCAGCUGGACUGCUCUUGGACAAAUUGACCUUCAAGCCUAUAUUGAACAAAACUUUAAGACAGUUGAAGAUUGGGAGAAUAACUUCAAUAUGCUAAAGCAAAAGAGGAAAGAACUAAAGAAGCUGCCAGACUCAGUUAAGGUUGAUUGCAUCAAUGUUAAUUUAGUUCCAUUCAAAGGAGGUAUUGAAGAUAUUUUCAAGAGACUCUCUGAUGCCUUAGUUGAGACUCUAUAAAGCUCAAUUGAAAAAGAUUCAGAGGUAGUUCACAGAUUUAUCAAAGCUGGUCUAGAAAAAUUGAACUCCAACCCACAAAGUGUUGAAGAGAUUGAAAGAAUGCAUCAAGAUGCUGUUUAAAUCUAGGUUGAGAAGGAUGACAUUGUUAAGAUAUUUGAUCAGUGUGAAAAGAAGAAUCUAAUGAUUAAGCAAAUUGCUGGUCAAGGCAUGAGACUCGGAGAAAUAGAAAGUAUGUGGAGAGAGUUCGAUGCUAGACUGAAUGCAUUUAAUGAUAAGAUUGAGGAUUAAAAGGACAGACUCAGGAAAGAAAUUGACUCAAGAGCUAAGGAACUUAACUCAGAUCUUGAGAAAAUGUUCGACAAGUGGUAAGAGAAAAAACCUAAGGAAAGAAAUGAUCUUACUAGAGAUGAGGCUAUGGAGACUUCUGAGAUGAUGAAGGAGUUAAGAGCUUAAUGGGGUGGCCUCUAGGAUAGAAUCACUAAAAUUUAUAGAGAUUGUGAGCACUUCAAAAAGGAUAGACCUAAGUUCACAUACUAUGAUAAGCUCAAGGAUGAACUCUAAGAUCAAGAAGAAGCAUGGGGACUCUUUGAUGAAUUCUCAAAGGAACUAAAUGAAUUUGGAAAAGAAGAAUGGCUGACUUUCAGAAAGAAGGGCUACUUUGCUUUCCAAGAUUUAUUCUUACAAUGGACUGAAAAACUGAAGGGAAAGAACAAGGAUGUUGUUGUAAGAUUCUUGCUAACAGAAAUUGAAAACUUCAAACUUGCCUGGCCUUUAAUUAAACUAUGUACUGGCGAGUCCUUUGAAAAGGAACACUGGAGAAGACUUAUCACCAUGCUAGAAAUGCCUAAAGAUGUCACAUUCGAUAAUAUGAAAUUCAAGCAUCUACUCGAUGCUGUGCCUAUUAUGAUUAAAAGGCAAAAGGAGAUCAAAGAUCUGAGUGAUAAGGCUUAAGGAGAAGUUACUAUCAGAGAAGCUAUUAGAGAGCUAAAAGUUUGGUGUGAUUCAGCUGAAUUCAUUGUGACUGACUAUGAUAGCAACGGCAGAAGAACCCCUCUUAUUAAAGAAUGGAAAGAAAUUAUAACCCAAGUCAGUGAUAAUCAGUCACUUUUAAUGUCCCUUAAAGAAUCCAGAUUCUUUGCUGGAUUUGCAGAUCAAAUUGAGCAAUUUGAAAAGAGACUUGGUGGUAUUGAUGAUUACUUAUCAAAGCUGAAUAUCAUUCAAAGAAAAUGGGUUUAUCUAGAACCAAUCUUUAUGAGAGGUGCUCUCCCAUCAGAGCAAGGAAGGUUCAGAAGAGUAGAUGAAGAGUAUAGAGGUAUCAUGCUUGGAAUCGGUGCAAAUCCAAAAGUUGUUUCACUAUGUGAUAUUCCAGGUCUUAAAGACACACUUGAGACUAUCCUUACUUAGCUUGAAAUGUGUUAAAAAGCUCUUAAUGACUUCCUUGAACAGAAGAGAUCAAUAUUCUCUAGAUUCUACUUCAUUGGUGAUGAUGAUUUACUUGAAAUUCUUGGUUAAGCCAAAAAUCCAGCUGUUAUUUAGAGCCAUCUUAAAAAACUAUUUGCUGGAAUCCACAAAGUAGAAUUCGACAAAGGCAAUCAAUAAAUUAUCUCAAUGAUUAGUAGUGCUAAUGAAUACGUAAAACUUAAAAAUCCAGUUAGAAUCACUGAUGAUGUCGAGAUUUGGCUUGGAGAACUUGAGAAGGCUAUGAGAGUCACAUUAAAUGAUGUUCUAUUACUUACUAUCAAAUCCUAAGGGCUUGAUAUUAUGAACACUCCAGCACAGAUAUGCUGUCUAUCUGAAAUGAUUUCGUUCUCUGAUAAUUGUGCUGCUGCUGUUAAAAAAGGAAAAUUAGCCAAUUACAAGCAAGAUUUACAGAAGCAACUAGAGUCCUAUACAUCUUUUGAUAAUAAGGGCGAUAUUUUACUCUUCUCAAAGGUCAAGGGUCUGAUCCUUGAUAUCAUUCAUAAUGUGGAUGUAGUAGAACAACUUCUAAAGGAUCACAUUGUGAGCACUCAAAACACCAAUGACUGGAUGUGGUUUAAACAGCUCAAAUAUUAUAUGGAUUUGAAGGAGAAUACUUCUAAGGUAGGCAUGUGUGAUGCAUUCUUUGACUAUACCUAUGAAUAUUAAGGAAAUGCACCCAAACUUGUUCAUACUCCUUUGACUGACAAGUGCUAUUUGACUUUGGUAUUGGGAAUGAAGAUGGGUUACGGAGGAAAUCCAUACGGGCCUGCAGGUACUGGAAAAACAGAGAGUGUUAAAGCUCUUGGCUAGGCUUUUGGAAGACAAGUGCUUGUAUUCAAUUGCGACGAGGGCCUCGAUUACAAAGCUAUGGGUAGAAUCUUCAUCGGUUUGGUUAAAUGUGGUGCCUGGGGUUGCUUCGAUGAGUUCAAUAGACUCCUAGAAGAAUAGCUGUCAGCAAUAUCAUAGCAAAUUCAAGUCAUUCAAUGGGCAAUCAAAGAAGGCCAGUCCUCACUAGAGUUACUUGGCAGAAGAAUUGAAGUUAACAAGAAUGCAGGUAUUUUUGUAACAAUGAACCCCGCUGGUAAAGGCUACGGAGGUAGAUCUAAACUUCCCGAUAACCUUAAAUAACUUUUCAGACCAGUAGCUAUGUCUGUUCCUGAUAAUGAGCUGAUUGCAGAAACUCUGCUGUUCUCUGAAGGAUUCAAGCAUGCCAAGAAGCUAUCAAACAAGAUUGUCAGUUUGUUCAAGCUCUGCAGACAACUGCUGUCUGAACAGUAACAUUAUGAUUGGGGUCUUAGAGCUCUCAAGACUAUUCUAAAUACUGGAGGCCAACUCAUUCAAAAUGAACUUAAGAAGGGAAAAGCUAUUCAAUAUGAGCAAGAAGCUCUUCUACUUAUCAAAGCUAUCAGAAUUAACACCAUGUCGAAACUGACAUACUCUGAUUCAAAGAAAUAUGAAGCAUUGCAGUCUGAUAUGUUCCCAGGCAUUAAAUCAGAAGAUAUUGCCUACGAUGAGCUGACUGCUGCCAUCAAGAUUGCUCUUGAGGAGAUGAAACUAGAACUAAUCGACUCCUAAGUUUAAAAGAUACUCUAGUUCUACGAAGCUACAAGACAAAGAAUGGGAGUAGUAAUUGUAGGUCCCUCUGGUUGUGGUAAGACUACUAUAUGGAGAAUAUUGAAACUAGCUUAUGAAAAAAUGAACUAGCCCUUGGUAACUCAUGUAAUGAACCCCAAGAGUAUGCCGAGAAAUCAACUUCUAGGGCUAAUGAAUCACGACACCAGAGAGUUCAACGAUGGAGUGCUGACUGCUAGUGCUAGAGCCGUAGUUAAGGAGCCUGCAGAGACUAUUUGCUGGAUCGUCUGUGAUGGAGAUAUUGAUCCUGAGUGGGUUGAGUCUCUGAACUCUGUGCUUGAUGAUAAUCAUCUCCUCACACUACCUAAUGGAGAGAGAAUCAGUUUCGGAAACAACAUCAACUUCAUCUUUGAGACCAAUGAUCUCAGAUUUGCUUCACCGGCCACAGUUAGUAGACUAGGUAUGAUCUUCUUGUCUGACGAAGACGUCGAUAUCUAGAGAAUUACUAAGACUUGGCUUAAGAGACAAGAUGAGAAGGUACAAAACAAAUUGCAAGGAUGGAUGGAAGACAUUUUCUUCAAAGCCCUUGAUUUCACGCUUCAACGAUAGGAAUUCUUCGUAGUUGAGACUACUAAGAUAGGAAUUGUCAAGAAUGCUCUUAGCUAUAUGAACAAUAUCUAGCAAAAAGGCUAAUUCACUGAAGCAGUUAUUAAAGGGCUUGGAGGUAACUUCCAGCUUACACUAAGAUAGACGUUUGCACAAGAAGUGUUCAAGUAUGCAAAUGAAAGACCAGCUGACCCAAGGAACCUGCUGCUUAACUAUUUCGAUGAAAAAACUGGAGCUUGGAUGACAUUCCUUGAACAAAAAUCAGAAGUGAGAAUCGAUGAUCUUAAGAAUCCUGAAUAGCCACCAAUCGUCUACACUGUCGGUGUUCAAAAGGACAUCGCUAUGAUUAAACCUUGGCUAGAUCAGGGAGACUCCUUUAUACUUGUUGGUCCAGAAGGUUGUGGUAAAAAUCUCAUAAUUAGCAAUCUGAUUAAGUCAAUGAAGUCUACUCAACUAGCUGUUAUUCAUUGUAAUUCACAGACUUCAGCAUUCCAUGUUAUCUAAAAACUCAAUCAAAUGUGUGCCUAGUCUACAAAUUCAUAAGGAAGAGUCUACAGACCAAAAGAAUGCCAAAGACUUAUUAUUUACUUGAAAGACAUCAACCUACCUAAACCAGAUAAAUAUGAUACUAUCUAGUUGAUAUCAUUCUUGCAUCAAAUAGUCUGCUAUAAAGGAUUUUAUGAUGAUAACCUAGAGUUUGUCUAGCUUGAGAGAGUUCAAAUCGUAGCCUCUAUGAAUCCCUCCACAACUAUUGGUAGACAUAAGAUAUCUACUAGGUUUACAGCUAAUGUCAGAAUCGCUUAUGCUGAAUACCCAUCCUCUGAUGAAUUGCUCCCAGUUUAUGCUGAGUUUAUGAGAACUAUACUUAGUCAUCCUCAAUUCGGUGGAGGAGCAAUGGCUAACUCAUCUAAGAAAUUAGCAACAUUUAUGAUUGAAUUAUACACUAAUGUGAAGACCAACUUUUCAAUUGAUGAGCAUAGACAUUAUCUAUAUACUCCAAGAGACAUUACCCAGCUUAUUUUCAGUUUACUCAGAUAUGAUAUCAGAGAGGCACAAGGACUCAUUGAAGUUCUUAUCUAUGAAUCAUCUAGAAUAUUCAAAGACAGGCUUGUUGAUAAAUAAAGUAAAGCAAAGUUUGACUAAAUUCUGUACAAUCUUUUGAGAAACCACUUAAAAUACAAUGAAAAGCUUGUUGAUACUUAUUUCAUCAGUAAAAUUGCAACUGGAGGUGAGAGACUGAUACCCACUCUUCCUCCUCUUGGUAGAAUCACAAAGGCUGAUUUUAUUCAUCUGAUAGAGCAAUAACUCAGGGCAUAUGAAAGAGAAUUCAAAGAGAUGAAUGUGCAUAUGUUUGAUGAGAUUCUUGAAUAUAUUGCCUUCACUGAAAGAGUAUUGUCAAAGCCAGGAGGAUGUAUUUUGAUGGCAGGAAGAGCUGGUGUCGGCAGAAAGACAACUACUUAGUUGAUAGCUCAUAUGCUAAACAUGAACUUCUUCUCACCCAAUAUCAGCAGAGAUUACAGCAUGAAGGAAUUCAAGAGAGACCUUAAGUUUGUUUUGCAACAAGCUGGUAUAGAAGCCACAAAGACUUGUCUCCUGAUUGAAGACCACUAAAUUCUAAAGAGUGAGUUCCUAGAAUACUUGAACUCAUUGAUCUCAGCUGGUGAAAUUCCAGGUCUGUACACUCCUGAGGAACUUGAACCACUGCUAGCAUAGCUUGGUGAGGAAAUGAGAAACUAAUAUGAAUGUAGAACUCUUUUUGAAUUCUUCGUUUCCAGAAUCCAGAAGAACUUGAGCAUUGUGAUUAGUAUGGAUCAUUCACAUCCUAAGUUCUUGCAAUAUUGUUCAUAAAAUCCAGCACUGUACACAAAAUGUACUAUUCUCUGGAGUGAGGGAUGGAACAAAGAAGCUAUGAUACAUGUAGCGAAGAACGAGCUUGGGGAUGUAUUAAACAAGGUAAACAAAGGUAAAGAUGAGCUACUUGCUGCUGCAGUUAGUAUAAAUCAAUCUUGCCUCCACCUUGGAGCAUCACCUCUAAGAUUCUUGAACUUUAUUCAAAAUUUCAGAAUCACUUUCAACAAGAUCAUUACUUCAAGUGGAGGAUAAUCAAAGCAUUUACAAGCUGGUCUGACCAAGCUUGAGGAGGCAGCUAAGACUGUAGAUGAAUUGUCCAAGAAAGCUUAAAAUUCUAAGAUCUUGCUAAAGUAAAAGCAAGAAGAGGCUAAUGUAGCUCUCGCAUAGAUCACCAAGAGUAUGGAGCAAAAAGCUGAAAGAAAGUAAGAAAUUGAGGCACUUUAAAAGAAGUGUGCAGAAGAUGAGGAGAUCAUCUCAAAGAGAAAAUUAGCGGUUGAAGAUGAGCUAAAGGAUAUUUAACCUGAGGUAGAUAAGGCUAAAGAAUUAGUGGGAAAACUAAAUUCACAAAAUAUCAAUGAAAUCAAGGCUUACUCUAUGCCACCAGAUGCAGUAGCAGAUGUGCUUUAAGGAGUGCUCAGACUCAUGGGAUCAGAUGACACUUCAUGGUCUGCAAUGAAGAAAUUCCUUGGUACAUCAGGAGUAGUACAAAGAAUUUUGAAUUUCGAUGCUAGACAAGUAACUAAGGAAAUUAGAAAUAAAGUGAAUAAGCUUUUAAAUGAGAAGCCAAUGAGCUUUGAGCAUUCUGUUAUUAGCGGAGUCUCAAGAGCCUGUGCCCCACUUGCCGCAUGGGUAAAGGCAAAUGUAAAGUUCUCAGAAGUUUUAUUGAAGAUUGAGCCACUCUCCAAUGAACUCAAUGGUCUAUUGGCUAAGUUACAAAAAUCAUAGUAAAGAGUCCAGGAAUGCCAAAGAUAGUUGGAUGAGCUUGAUGGAUCAGUUUAAAUUUUGAAUCAAAACUUUGCAACUAAGACUUAAGAAGCUGAAUCACUUAAAUUCGAUCUUAAAAAAGCAGAGGAUACUCUUUUCGCUGCUCAAAAUCUGCUGGGACAACUUUCUGGAGAGAAUGAAAGAUGGAGAAGAUAGAUUCAGAGUCUGGAACACGAACUUGCUUUAGUACCAAUAAAAUCUCUGCUCAGCAGCGCCUACGUCACUUACCUUGGUGGUGCUAAUGAGAGCAUCAGAGAGAAAACUCUAAAUGAGUGGCUUUAAUUAGUUAGAAUCAGUGAGUUCAACUUCAGGACAUUUUUAAGCACUGAGUCCCAGCUGCUUACUUGGAAGAAAGAAGGUUUACCUGCUGAUACUUUGUCAAUGGAAAAUGCCAUAAUGAUUCUUAAUUCAGUAAGGACUCCAUUGAUUAUUGAUCCAGCAGCUACUGCCACUGAAUGGCUUAAACUUUCCUUGAAGCAGUCUAGUGAGGGUCUAGAAAUCUUAAAUCAUCAGGAUCCUAAGUUUAACACCACUCUUGAACUCUCUAUCAGAUUCGGAAAAGUGUUGAUUAUUCAAGAAGUAGAUGGAAUUGAAGCCCUUCUAUUCCCACUACUCAGAAAAGAUUUAAUUCAGCAGGGUCCAAGAUAAAUCGUGCAAGUUGGAGAUAAAGCUGUCGACUACAAUCCUAACUUCAAGCUUUACUUAUGCACAAGAGAUUCAUUCGUGGAAAUACCACCUAAUGCAUAGUCUCUCAUUACUGCUGUUAACUUCACUGUCACCAAGAGUGGACUAGAGGGAUAGUUGCUCUCUAUAACAAUUAACUUUGAACAACCAGAACUUGAAAGUAGAAAGACCUAAUUACUUGAAGAAGAGGAAAGACUUAAGAUUUAACUCGCUGGAUACGAGAAGAUGCUUUUGGAUGAGUUAGCUAACUCCGAGGGUAACAUCCUUGAGAACAAAGCCCUAAUUGAUUCACUAAAUAAAACUAAACAGCAAAGUACUCAGAUUGAGAAAGCACUUGAAGAGUCUCACAACUUACAACUUUCCCUUGAUCAACAGAGAAACGUCUACAAGAACUUCGCAUACAUUGGAAGUAACCUGUUCAUGGUCAUUGGAGACCUUAUUAAGAUCAACAACAUGUAUCAGUUCUCACUUUCUUCAUUCAUCAAACUUUUCAAGAGAGCCCUAGAUACUAAGCCAUAAGCAAGUUCAACUGAGGAGAAGCUUAACUACCUAUCAAACAGUCUAAUCAAGUUGGUAUUCUCAGAGAUUGGCAGAUCUCUUUUCAAGGCUGAUAGACUUACAUAUAGUCUUCACUUCGUCAAAGGUGUUUAUCCCAAUCUAUUUGGCAAGAACGAAUGGGAGUUCUUUUCUGGUACAAUUGUGGCUAGUUCGGAGUCUCAUCUAUAAUUACCAAGGUGGGCAUCAAAGGACAGAAAGGAGAUAUUCUCAAUGUUCUCUAACAGUUUCUCACACUUGAUACCUAAUCUGCAAAUUGACAAUGACAGUGUUUGGCAACCAUUUAUGAAAUCAAGUUAACCAGAGAGAGAGUUCCCUCCCGCUGUUUAACAAAAACUAACUUCUUUCUAGCGAUGCAUUAUGAUCCAAGUCUUCAGGCCAGACAGACUUGAGUCUGCAAUGAACAACUUUGUAAAGGAGUCCUUUGGAAAUCAAACCUUGCAACCAACUCCAUUCACUCUUAGUCACAUGGCAGAACAAGAGUCAUCCCCAGGAGAGCCUAUUCUCUUCAUCAUUUCAGCCGGUUCUGAUCCUAGUGCUGAGCUCUAAGAAUUCGCUGAGUAAUACAUUGGAAGAAAUGCUUAUCACGAACUAGCUAUGGGAGGUGGAUAGAAUGAAAUUGCAAUUUAAACUGUAAAGCAAGCUGCUCAAAAAGGAGAGUGGGUUUGCCUCAAGAAUCUUCACUUGGUUACUCCUUGGUUACCAGUUCUUGAAAAAGAAUUCAAGAUGUUGACACUUCAUCCAAAGUUCAGACUAUGGCUAACCUCAGAGCCCCAUCCAAAAUUCCCAUCAAUCCUGCUUCAAUCCAGUCUUAAAAUUACUUAUGAAACUCCUCCAGGCGUAAGAAAUAAUCUUCAGAGAACAUUCUAGUACGUGGCUCCUGCUCAGCAAUAACAGCAAGAUACACUUUAAACUCAAAUUCUCUUCAUUUUAUCUUGGUUCCAUGCUUUAAUCCAAGAGAGAAGAACUUACAUUCCUCAAGGCUGGACAAAAUACUACGAGUUUUCUUACGGUGAUCUCAAAGCCGGAGAACAAGUACUUAUCAACAUCAGAAAGGAAACCUAAGGAAAUGGGGCCAUCUAGUGGCAAAAGGUUUACGGAAUCCUAGAAAAUGCAAUUUAUGGUGGUAGAAUUGAUAACGACUUUGAUCUCAGAGUGCUUAGGAACUAUAUGCAGCAAAUAUUCAAAGAUGAGACACUCAAAGGAACUAAGAAACUAUCUGAUAUGAUCUAAGUUCCACAAUCUGGCUAAACCAGAGAUUUCGUAGGUGUAAUUAACUAAGUCCCUGAAUAAGACAAUCCUUUACUCUUUGGACUACCUUCAAACAUCGACAGAAGUGUCCAAAGAUUCAACAGUCUUGCAGUCAUAGCUUAAUUGAAGUCUCUAGCUGCAGUAAGCGCUGAGGAAUUGAGAUUUGAUAAGGAUAAAUGGUCUUAAUUACUAGGUCCAAUUACCUAACUUUGGAAUACACUUUACAAACCAGAAGAAUACAAUUAAAUUAAAAUUACCCAAUAGCAGCUAGGUUCAAAUGAUCCAAUUGAAGCUUUUGUAUAUAUGGAAAUGCUAUAUGUGGUUGAAAUCCUUCAAAAAGUCAAUGAAAGUGUAGUUAGCAUAAUUAAGGUCCUUCAAGGCACUGAAAUGCUCACUCCAGACACUGAGAAAGUAGCUACUGAUCUGCUUAGAGGUGACAUUUCAAACUCAUGGUGCACUAUUUGGGAUGGACCAGCAAAUCCGAAUGCUUGGAUUAGACUUGUAAACAAGAAAGCUCAAUCACUCAGAGGUUGGAUUCAAAGAGUGAGUCAACAGCAACUCUUGAAGAAUACUGUUAAUCUGAGUGACUUAUUCCACCCCGAGACAUUCUUGAAUGCUUUAAGACAGAGAUCAGCCAGAUUGCUAAAUUACGCUAUUGAUGAAUUGAAAUUAGUUUCCAGCUUUGAAUCAGGCAAGGUCAACUUGACCACAGGAGUUCAACUCGAGGGACUUUGGCUUUAAGGCUGUGAAUUCGAUGGUUCGAGAUUAAAUGAAAUCAAAGACAACUCAGGAAGUUCUUCAGAACUAAUUAACUUGCCAAUCUGCUAUAUCUCUUGGAUCAAGAGAGAAGACCCAGAGCCUUACUAAUCAGGGGCAGUUAAUGUACCAGUUUAUCACUCGAUCGAUAGAGAGAAACUUCUUUGCACUUUUAACGUGCCAAAUCAAGGAGAGGAUUGGAAACGUAUCAUUGGAGGUGUCGCCCUAUUCUUAAAUGGAUCAGAAUGA